AUGCAAUUUUUUGUUUAUCUUGCUGCGUAUGCUGCUAGUAGAAGAUUACAUUCAUCUAUAUUAUUUGGUGUGUUAUGUGCACCUAUGGCUUUUUUUGAUACAACACCGAUCGGAAGAAUACUUAAUCGCUUUGCUAAAGAUAUUGAUGCAAUUGAUUCAUCCUUACCUACUUCAUUUUCAUCCUCAUUUACUACAUUAUCACAAGUAUUAAUAACUAUUAUUAUAUUGAUGUAUGGUUCGUGGUUUUCCAUUUUUGCAUUAAUACCUCUUGCUAUACUUUUUUCUUUUAUUCAGCGUGUUUAUGUGGCAUCUUCAAGACAACUUCGUCGUCUUGAUUCAAGUACACGUAGUCCUGUUUAUUCAAAUUUUGGAGAAACAAUUCAAGGACUUAGUUCGAUUAGAGCGUAUAAUGUACAACAACGUUUUAUUGAUAUAUCAGAUCGAUUACUUGAUAGAAAUCAAUCAUGUUAUUUUGCUAGUUGUAUCGCGAAUAGAUGGCUUGCAAUACGUUUGGAAGCUAUUGCCAAUGCAUUAACAUUAUGUACAGCUUUAUUUGCUGUUCUUAUGCGUGAUCGUCUUACAGCAGGUAUUGUCGGUUUAACAAUAACUUAUGCAAUGCAAAUAACUCAAUCACUUAAUUGGAUGGUUCGUAUGGCAAGUGACAUUGAAACAAAUAUUGUUAGUGUAGAACGUGUGAAUGAAUAUGCUGCAUUAAAACCAGAAGCUCCAUGGGAAAUAUCAGAAAAAAAACCACGAGCUGAGUGGCCCACUAGAGGAGAAAUUCAAGUUAAUAAAUUAUCGAUACGAUAUCGUGAAAAUUUAGAUUUAGUUCUUCAAGAUAUUACAGUUAAUAUUCAACCAGGAGAAAAAAUUGGUAUUAUUGGACGUACAGGUAGUGGAAAAAGUAGUUUUUGUAUUGCAUUAUUUCGUAUAAUUGAACCUGCAAAUGGUGAAAUAAUUAUUGAUAAUAUUGAUAUUCGUCAUAUUGGUUUACAUGAUGUUCGAUCAAGAAUUACCAUCAUUCCACAAGAUGCGUUCAUCUUUGCUGGAACAGUAAGAUUUAAUGUUGAUCCAUUCGGCACUUAUAGUGAUACAGAAAUUUGGGCAGCAUUAGAAUUAGUACAUAUGAAAGCACGUAUUAGUUCGACAGAAGAUGGUCUUUCACAUUUAUUAACCGAAGGUGGAGAAAAUUUAAGUGCUGGUGAAAGACAAUUAUUAUGUAUGGCAAGAGCUUUAUUACGAAAGAGUAAAAUAUUUGUACUUGAUGAAGCAACAGCUGCUAUUGAUAUGGAAACAGAUCGAUUAAUACAGAUGACAAUUCGAUCGGCUUUUAAAGAUGCAACAGUAUUAACUAUUGCCCAUCGACUUCAUACAAUUUUAGAUAGCACAAAAAUUCUCGUUUUAUCUAAUGGUCGUUUACAAGAAUAUGAUGAACCAAAACGUUUAGCUGCAAAUCCAAAUUCUGCCUUUUCCAAAUUAUUAUAUGAUGCCCAUAUCAAUUUAUCUACUGCAAAUAUAAACUCAGAAAAAUCUGAAAUUUAG